AUGUAUUUUUUUAACUUUAUACUACUUUUGAUAGUUUCUGGAGUUAUUUCCACAAGUUACGCAAAUAUUGACAAAUUUAGUGACUUAAAAAGUCAAUAUUCAAAAUUAUCUAAAAAAAAUAGGUAUAAUCAAAAAUGCUGUUAUAUUAAGAAAGAAGCUUUUCAUACCGAACAUAGAACUUCUUUGAGAGAAUGGGAAAAACCUGAUUUUAAUCCAAAUGACUUACCAAAAGCUGUUGAUUGGAGAGAUUACAAUGGUAUCAAUUAUGCUAGUGUUGAUCGUAAUCAACAUAUUCCACAAUAUUGUGGAUCAUGUUGGGCUUUUGGUAGUACCUCUGCAUUAGCUGAUCGUAUUAAUAUUAAAAGAAAAAAUGCUUUUCCACAAGCUUUACUUUCAGUUCAGGAAGUUAUUGACUGUGCUGGUGCCGGAUCAUGUAACGGUGGUGAUCCUCUUCCUGUAUAUGAAUAUGCUCAUAAACAUGGAAUUCCACAUGAAACAUGUAACAAUUAUCAAGCAAUUAAUCAAAAAUGUGAUGAACAAAAUAGAUGUGGAUCAUGUUGGCCAGGAAAUUGUUUUUCAAUCUCUAAUUAUACUCUUUACAAAGUUGGAGAUUAUGGUAAAGUUUCUGGACGUGUAAAUAUGAUGGCUGAAAUUGCUAAACAUGGACCAAUUGCUUGUGGUAUUGCUGCUACUAAAGAAUUUGAAGAUUAUAAUGGUGGUAUUUGGAUUCAAGAAACAGAUGAAGGAAUUGAUCAUAUUAUUGAAGUUGCUGGUUAUGGAAUUGAUCAUGAUACUGGUGUUGAAUAUUGGAUAGGAAGAAAUUCAUGGGGUACACCAUGGGGAGAACAAGGAUGGUUUAGAGUACCAACAUCAAAAUUCAGAGAUGGUGGAAGCAAAUAUAAUCUUAAAAUUGAAGAAGAUUGUGUAUGGGCUGAUCCAAUUGUUUAA